UGAGGCUGUCCUGAGUUGAGAAUAACUUUUUUUUUAAUGGUGUGCAGGUGUAUCUUUGGUGUGGACAGUCAAGAGGGGGAGGCUAACCAAUUUUUUUUUGCUAGCAUCUUCCCCAGUGCUGUUCUUUAAAGUGAGUAAGACUAACGUUAGCGUGGUCAACUUGAUUAAAAGCAAGUUAGUAGGUUUAUCUAGUUUGAGGUUUUGCUACCAUCUCACAUGGCAGCAAAUUAGCAAAAGUUUACCGACCAAGCCAGCAUGUCAAACGAAUGAACAGCUAGUUAGUAGCUACUAACGUUGUUUGAAACUUAUGUUACACGGUAGUUUCCGAUCUUAACAUUAGGUCAUUCUUAGAUUGUCACUAUAACUACCAACUAAAGUUAUGCUUUUGUUCCAUUGCAAUAUAUCGGUCUCCCUAUUGAGUGUCUCCACAGGAAUGUUUCAGCAAACAGACGCAAUGACUUCACCAACAGAGAAAAUCGUGCUGAAAAGCACCUCAACAGUUUCCCUCAACGAUCGCUUCACGACCAUGCUGAACAACAAGCAGCUGGAGCCAGUGGCUGUACGAGUCAACAUGCAGCAGCAGCAAGUGGCCAGUGUCCGCAACAGGAUAUUGGCUCUGCAGAUGGAGAACAGGACCUCUGUGCAGGCUGCCCUGCAGCCCAAGAGCCUGAAGCAGCGCCUGGGGAAGGGCGAUGUCCUGGCAAGGCUAGGUCGGCCCAUGGGGACCCUGAUGCGGGGGGCCACCAGAAGCCAAGGGUUUGCUGUACGGGGACUGCGAGGAAUGCAUCGAGGAGGUUUCGGAGUGUGUGGAAACAACAGAAGGGGCUUUUUUAGAGGUGGCUAUGCUUUCAGAGGUGUGAAUCAGAUGCGUGCCCGGGGAGGGGUGACUAAGCUUAGGUUUCGUCAGGGCUUGAGGUUGCAAGGUGGCCAGCUGAACGAUGCUGGAGUGCUGGUUAGCUGCGGAGCCAGGAAUGAACUGGGCCUGAGAGGAAGAGGCAGAGGAGCUGGUCUGGGCUUGCGGGGCCGGGGAUGGUUCCGAGGCAUGGGCAAACCUGAAAAAAUCCCCACCAAAGAGGAGCUGGACAACCAACUAGACAACUACAUGUCAAUGACCAAGAGCCACCUAGACGCAGAGCUGGAUUCCUACAUGGCCAUGGCAGGCUCCGACUACAUGGAGUAGAACCCUGCUGGAAGACGGUGUCCAUGAUGCUAUUUCAGGAGAGGAAUACUCUACUACAGGUAGACCCUAGCUAGUUAAAUAACACUUAAAUACAGAUCGGGUAGCUGUAGACCCUAAAAUUGAAGUUUCUAGCUAUUGUAAUCUCUUUAUUUUGUAGCGAUAAGCACAACAUCCCUUCAUUGCUGGCAAGAGGAUGAGUUUUCGAUUUUGACAGAGUGUGCAAGGUGCAACCCCUUUCAGAUGAAAUCAUGGGCACCUUGCGCCAGAACUGGAUUCAUAGAAAAGAUCAACUGUGCAAAAACCAACAAAGUUGAAUACAAGAGCUGCCGUUCCUCUUGGAUGGAUGAGCGCCUAUUCUGGAGGUUUGAGGGGAUCAUGAUGUGCCUGACGGUAGUCUUGGUCCUGGUGGUUAUAGCUCGUCAGAGAACCCUGGACCACCUGGCUUCUGAAAAGGUCCGCAGGCAGAUCCUGUCCAUAUAGAGACUGGGUGCUGUUGUCCGGCGCUUGACCAAUCAAAUGUUUGAAGGACUUGAAUGGCAAAACUUGCACAUUGGUAUCACUAUUUCCAUUUUGAUCCCAUGUUUUGUUGUGGCCUUAUUUGUGAAAUGUCUAUGUGUAAGUAUGACCCAUACACUGCACAAUAGUUAUUGGUUUGAACAAAUCUUACAAUAUGUUCCAAGUCAUUACUGCACUAUAGUUAAUAAUAUUGCAGCACAGCAUGUCUUUAUGUUGUCAUAGUUGAUAUUUUUUCUGUGUCUGUGAUUAGAGUAUAGUCCUGCCUAACUAUUCUAUGUGUCAGUUUUGGGGAUUUGAACAUGUCAACUUGGUCUCACUUCCUGACAUUGUCUCACAUUGUCUGCAUUGUCACCAUAAUAACGGAGUUGGUCCAGCCAGAGAGACAAAUAAUACAAAUAUCUAGGCCUAUGUGUUAUUUUUGAAUAUACUAUUUUCCUUUAAAGAUUGAUUUCUGAAAAAUGGGUAUUACCAGUUACAUUUAAUGCGCUACGAUAGAUUACAUUUUUUGGUCUGUGAUCAAUGUGCUUACGGUGUAUUUACCAAUGAUUGGUCAAUCACGUUUGUGUGAAAUUCAGGUCUGUCUAAACUAUACAUAUCUAUUUAUUUAUGGUGUCGUUUGACAAGCGUUUCCUUUUGGUUACACACUAGCUUAAUAAAGAGCAGUGACACUAUCAAGAGCAGUGUGCUGGUUUCUUCAUUUUUCUGAUCUUAUUCAUCUGUUACCAGGCACCUGCAACAAAGAUAGCUCAGAUGUGUGAGUGCCUUUUCGAUUUUGGUUACACACUAUUUGUAAAACCAUGUUUCCUCUGAUUUCUUACAGUAUUUGUGUAUUUUACAGAACUGUUAACACUAUUCCUAAUUAGUACAUUGCUGUAAGUGUGUAGCAAAUUGUACAGUUUAUUGCACUUUCUAUUUAUGACCAAUAAAAAUAAACUGUUAGGGUAUGUGCA